CCUUCAGACUAAAAGAUGCAUGUCCCCCCCGCUCCACAAGAGGGAGCAAGACUUUAAAAACAAAGACAAACAUUAAAAAAAACAACACGUGGGACGAACCGGACGACAAAAUGUGCUUCCUCCAGCAAAACCCCGCCUCCACGUUCCCAUGCAUUGGCGCGAUUCCCCUCCGCUCUCGGCUGCUUCUCCUCCCCGGCUCCUGGUGGUGGUGGUGGCGGCGGACUGACUCGAUUGCGGAGCUGCGGGUGAAAACAUGAGUGCGGCGGGUAGUGCUCGGUCCGGUCCGGCGGCCGGUCCCGUCCAGCAGGGGCUGAAGGAGGCGCUGAUCGAGACGCUGACCGCCAUCCUGUCCCCGGUGCAGGAGGUGCGCGCCGCCGCGGAGGAGCAGGUCAAAGUGCUGGAAGUGACAGAGGAGUUUGGCGUCCACUUGGCUGAACUCACAGUUGAUCCUCAGGGAGCACUCGCCAUCCGUCAGUUAGCAUCAGUCAUCCUGAAGCAGUAUGUGGAGACUCACUGGUGUUCCCAGUCAGAGAAGUUCAGGCCUCCUGAAACCACAGAUCAGGCUAAAGCUGCCAUCAGGGAGCUGCUGCCGGGCGGCCUGCGAGAGUCGAUCAGCAAAGUCCGCUCCAGUGUCGCCUACGCCGUGUCGGCCAUCGCCCACUGGGACUGGCCUGAGGCCUGGCCGCAGCUCUUCACUCUGCUGAUGGAGAUGCUGGUCAGCGGAGAAGUCAGUGCAGUGCACGGGGCCAUGAGGGUUCUCACAGAGUUUACUCGGGAGGUGACAGAUACACAGAUGCCGCUGGUGGCUCCGGUCAUCCUUCCUGAAAUGUACAAGAUCUUCACCAUGGCCGAGGUUUACAGUAUUCGUACCCGUUCCAGAGCAGUGGAGAUAUUUACCACCUGUGCCAACCUCAUCUGUGCUAUUGAAGAGCUGGAGAAGGGUGCAGCCAAAGCGUUGAUCUUCCCUGUGGUGCAGCAGUUCACAGUAGCGUUUGUGCAGGCUCUGCAGAUGCCGGAUGGACCCUCGUCUGACAGUGGUCUAAAGAUGGAAGUGCUCAAGGCUGUGACAGCGUUGGUUAAGAACUUCCCCAAACCCAUGGUGUCCUCCAUGCAGCAGAUAUUACCCAUCGUGUGGAACACACUGACUGAAAGUGCAGCUUUUUAUGUAAGAACAGAAGUCAACUACACAGAGGAAGUGGACGACCCAGUGGACUCAGAUGGUGAAGUUCUGGGUUUUGAAAAUCUUGUGUUCAGCAUCUUCGAGUUCGUCCACACGCUGCUGGAAAACAACAAGUUCAAGAGCACGGUGAAGAAAGCGCUGCCUGAGCUCAUCUACUACGUCAUCCUGUACAUGCAGAUCACUGAGGACCAGAUCAAAGUGUGGACAGCGAACCCGCAGCAGUUUGUGGAGGAUGAGGACGAUGACACUUUCUCCUACUCGGUCAGGAUCUCUGCUCAGGACCUGCUGCUGGCUGUGGCUGCAGAGUUUCAGAAUGAGAGCGCAGCAGCGUUGGCAGCGGCAGCGACCAGACACCUGCAGGAGGCGGAGCAAGCUCGAAACAGUGGCAACGAGCACUGGUGGAAGAUCCAUGAGGCCUGUAUGUUGGCUCUCGGCUCCGUCAAAACCAUCAUCACAGAGAACGUGAAGAACGGUCGUAUCCAGUUUGACAUGCACGGGUUCCUGGCCAGCGUUAUCCUCGCUGAUCUCAACCUGGCAGCGGCGUCUCCGUUCCUGCUCGGUCGGGCUCUGUGGGCCGCCAGUCGCUUCACAGCAGCCAUGUCUCCUGAGCUCAUCCAGCAGUUCCUCCAGGCCACCGUCAGCGGGCUUCACGACAGCCAGCCGCCCUCCGUCCGCAUCUCUGCGGUCAGGGCCAUCUGGGGGUACUGUGAUCAGUUGAAGUUGUCGGACAGCACCCACGUCCUUCAGCCCUUCCUCCCCAGCAUCCUCGAGGGACUGGUCCAACUGGCUGCCCAGUUCAGCUCAGAGGUGCUGACCCUCGUCAUGGAGACGCUGUGCAUCGUCUGCACCGUCGACCCGGCCUUUACCACCAGCGCCGAGAACAAGAUCUGCCCCCUCACCAUUGCUAUUUUCCUUAAAUAUAACAAUGACCCUGUGGUGGCGUCUCUGGCUCAGGACAUCUUUAAGGAGCUGGCACAGAUCGAAGGCUGCCAGGGCCCCAUGCAGAUGCGUCUCAUUCCCACGCUGGUCAGCAUCAUGCAGGCUCCGCCCGACAAGAUCCCAUCUGGACUCUGCGCUACGUCCAUAGACAUCCUGACCACAGUCGUACGCAACACCAAACCCCCCCCGUCAGAGAUGCUGGUGUGCCAGGCCUUCCCUGUGGUGGCACAGUGCACCUUACGUACCGAUGACAACACAAUAAUGCAGAACGGCGGUGAGUGCCUGCGGGCGUACGUCUCUGUCGGCUUGGAGCAGAUCGCCCAGUGGAGGGACGAGCAGGGGAACAGUGGCCUCUGGUACGUCAUGCAGGUGGUCAACCAACUGCUGGACCCCCGGACCUCUGAGUUCACUGCUGCCUUCGUGGGCAGGCUGGUCUCCACUCUGAUCUCUCGGGCAGGAACCGAGCUUGGGGAACAGCUGGACCAGAUCCUCCGAGCGAUUCUGAGCAAGAUGCAGCAAGCCGAGACUCUGAGCGUCAUGCAGUCCCUGAUCAUGGUGUUUGCUCACCUGGUUCACUCUCAGCUGGAGCCUCUGCUGGAGUUCCUGUGCAGUCUGCCUGGGCCGACGGGGAAACCCGCUCUGGAGUUUGUGAUGACGGAGUGGAUGAGCAGACAGCACCUGUUCUAUGGACAGUACGAGGGUAAAGUCAGCACGGUGGCGCUGUGCAAACUGCUGCAGCACGGCCUCAACACUGACGACAAACGUCUCCAGGACAUCGUGGUGAAGGGAGAGGAGAUCUACAGUCAUGAGGACGGCAUCCGAACACGAUCCAAAUCUGCCAAAACCCCAGAGCGGUGGACCAACAUUCCUUUGCUAGUGAAGAUUUUUAAAUUGAUCAUCAAUGAGCUGUCGACAGUAGUGGAGGCGAACGCCAGCCGGACGAACGCAGGAGACUGGACCCAAGACUCCAGCGGUAUGUGGGAGGAGGAGGAAGAGGCCGAGGAUGACGAGGAGGAAGAUGACGGACUAGCAGGGCAGCUGCUUUCUGAUCUCAUUGCCUCCAACAAAUAUGAUGAUGAUUAUUAUGAGGAUGAUGAUGAGGAUGAUCCAGAUGCAUUGAAAGACCCCAUCUAUCAGAUUGAUUUACAGGCUUACCUGACAGACUUCCUGACGCAGUUCGCCCAGCAGCCGUGUUACAGCAUGUUCUCAGGCCACCUCAACAACGCCGAGCGACAAACCCUGCAGUCGAUAGGCCUCUAGCCCCUCCCCCCCGCCCCGUCUGCCACUCCAAGACACAAUCCUCCAUCAGCCCCGACACUCUUCUAUUGCCCCAUCGCUUACGCUCUCAUGAAUUUACAAAAAAAAAGGUUUGGGAUGUCGGUCCUGGCAGAGGGAGAGGAUGGGGUGGGAAGAGACGCAUGCACUUACCCAGAAGUCCUCAGUUUCUCCACACACGUGAUGGGAGGAAGGACUUUGCAGAUGAAGAGGUGAGAGACUGCACAGAAGGUCGGAGGACUCCCCUUUCUGGAGUCAUUUCAGAUGGGACCAGAGGAAAGAAUAAAGAGUCCCGAGGCUUCAGUCGGACAAUGAAAUAUGAACAGACUAUUUUGAAAUGUUCAGUUUGUAACUAAGCCCGUUAUUUUGGUGUUUCUGUAUAAAUAAAGUUUAAUGCAACAUGGAAAACAAGAGACUUUACCAUUGAUCGAAGGAAAGUUUAAAAAACAAUUACAUCCUGCUCUCUGGAGAGGGAGGGAAACGUUGGAGGCCUUAUUCCAGAAAACAUUGACUGUUUCUGACUCAAGGAAAAGCUCUCUGGUUAUGAUGUAGGGUAUUUGGGAAUUCACACUGUUGCCAUGGUGAUUCACAGCCUUGUCAUUCCCUUGUACCCAUUGAAAUUUGGGAUGGAAACAUUUCUAAAUAAAAGUCCAGGUUGGACAACACUUCCA